UGUCUGCCUGUGUGUGGCGUUAACAAAAUUCAUCAGCGCAUGUCUCUGUGGCGCCACUGCGUAGCAUGUAGGGGGAGGAGUCCUUACAUAUAAGAAUUGAGCAGAUACGUAUAAUGCAAACACCUCAAGCGGCAAGCCCCGCCCAUCUCCAGUGCAGCUUACACAUGAUAACGCGGCGCAGGGCACUGGCAGUCACACUGAGCUUGGUUGUGUUAGAGUGACGGUGUAUGUUACUGCGUUCCGCAAACUCUUUGGAGUCGACUUGAUAGCAAUCGCAAUCAACCAUAAUCAGUCAAGCACCAUGGCGACUGGAGGCAGUUAUAACCGACGCGCUCACCCCAGAAGUCUAUCCUAUUCAACUCGCUGUUUCUCCGUAACCACAUCACGUAGAGACUUCUGGAUGACAUCUUUAGAAAGAGGAAGACUUGGUGAGACUUUCCAUCUGUGAAGGAGGAUGGUGCCUCCAUUGAGAUUGCGGGGCUGAAUGACAAUGAUGAUGACAUGGCUGUCCUGUAUACGCUUCCUGAGCACUGUUAUGACACAGAUGGUGUUCCCUCGUGUGGUGUUGCCAGCAGCAGCAGCAGGCACAAGCCAUUGGAGGAAGCUCCUCACAACCCAUUGGAGGAAGCUCCUCACAACCCAUUGGAGGAAGCUCCUCACAACCCAUUGGAGGAAGCUCCUCACAACCCAUUGGAGGAAGCUCCUCACAACCCAUUGAAGGAAGCUCCUCAUAACCGAGUGGAGGAAGCUCCUCAGUAUGGCAAUGUUUAUCAGUCCACCUCCAGUCUCCUGCCCCAAGUAAUGGACAGAGGCAGUGCCUCUGAAGAGGAGAGUGAUAGGAUUAUCAAGGAUAUAUUGAGAUCAUUGACUAACACCGAGAUGCCACACUAUAAGUUUUAUGUUCGAGAAAAUAAGGCUGUCCGCAGAAUACAUAUGAAAAUGAAAGACAACAUCCUCUUUGUUGAGAGAAACCGUGUCAUCUACAUUGAGGUGGAGGGUGCUCAGGCAGGCCAGAUAGUGACAGUGGAGCAGCGGUACAUGGCAGGGGCCCAUGAGAAUGUUCCUGUCUAUGCCUGUGGAAUUCAUGUUGCCAGCACUGACCCACAUUAUUCCUUCUGUGUUCCUAAGCUUUCAUCAGUACAUAAGGAGAUGGACCGAAAUGGUCAUCUCUCUUUAAAGAUUCCCGUGCCCAACCCUCCUGCUGAGAAUGGGAACUCCUUCACCUUCCCACUCAUGUUCCGAUGUUGGAAUUCCUGCCACAAGGACCAUGGGAGGGACCAAGAAAUUAUCCUGAAGCUUAGUGAUCAACAGAAUGUGGUGCUGAAGGAAACAAACAUAAAUCUGCGAGUGUGUGCAGGCGUCCUUCGUGAUUUUAAAAAAUACAUGUCUUUGAAAGAGGAGAGGCAGGAGCAGGGUAGUAAGAGAUGUCCUGAAGAAAAGACCAAGGGGCCAGCACUGAAGAAAGCAAAGUGGGAAGUGGUGGAGGGAGGUGAGGGGAGGCAGGCAGGAGAGGCAGAAACACCCCCACCACUCCCGUUGUUGUCUCCCCGCCAGGAUGAAGGGCUGUGUGUUUGUCAGGUCAAGUGUGACCGUGCCUCACUUCCCGCCUUGAAAGAGUUCAUCGAGAAGCAACGCCAAACAGGAUCUACUAUUGAGAUGGUUGUGGAUGGACCAGACCCUCCCCCCAACAUGGAGUAAUCCAGACACCGUGCUAGGUGGUCGUAAUGCAUGGCGUGGGAUUCUUUUGGACAGUGCAAACUUUUAUCCAGGUGGUUGGUGCUCUUCACAGCCUCCCCCAGGAAUGUUGCCAAGCAUAUUGGUGAACAUUCAAAUUCACAUUCAUUCAUUCAAAACUGAAAACAUUGAAAAAUACAUUAUGAACAUCGACACAUUUUGAUUGGUGAACAUUCACGUAAUUUGUAGGUAAUUUUAGCUGCAGUACUUGGAGUUUUAUGGUCAGUUUGUGUUCUCUUACUCGGUAGUGUUCAGUUUCUGGGUGUGGGCUUGAUGUGUUUUUUGUUUCCGUGGUGAACAUUGUCCCAUGCUCUCAUUUGGCUACAGUGUUUUGAAUUUCAUUGUCAGUUUUUCAUCUUCAGUGCUGGAGUUUUCAGCUUCUUGGUGUGGGCUUCAGUGUUCUUUGUUCCAUUUAGCUCAAGAUGACUGAAGUUGGUGCUCCUACCAGCCUGAAAGCACCGGCUACAGCCACACUGCUGAGCCACACCAGCUGUUGAGGGUCCAGCUUAGUCUAUUGCCUGACAUUCUUUGGGCAGACAAGCAUUUUUUGCAGUGUCGAGAAUGGCCACAAUCCUGAUUUCUCACUGUUUCAGGAGAAAUAAGGGACACGAUGAUGAAUUGAUAAACGCUUUGCAUGCAAAGUCUUUGCUGAGCCAGCCAGACCUUCAGCCUCAGCCUGACUGAGAGCAGUAGGAUCGUGACUGGAGGCUUGGGGAGUGCCAGUCACCUGGAAAAACUUGUGCAGUCCUAAAGAAUCCCACGCCAUGCUACCUCGCCCUGAUAACAAGAUGUAGCCGCCUGAAUGACUUGGGAACAGCGCCCACUAGCAGAGGUGAGGCCGGGGAGGUGGAGGAGACUUGUGGGACCAGUGUGUGGAGGCUGUAGCCAGGGAAAAGAGGGAAGUCAAGCUGUGUUAUCCCCUAACACCUGGAUAGAAGUGGGACAAAGUGAGAGCACACACACACACACACACACACACACACACACACACACACACACACACACACACACACACACACACACACAUACACACACACACACACACACACACUUAAAGCACAAGAAAGCCUCUCCUGACCCAUCUUAUAACACCAAACACCCUGAGGAACACAGUUGCUCAGGAGACUCAUCAUCCAGCCACAAAACACCAGGAAUCAUGACAGCUUGUACCCUCAGGUCCCACAGUCUCGUGUGUAUAACUAUUAGCAAACAAUGAGUCAACAGAAAGGCUGAAACAAGGAACCACUUCACCUCUGCCUCCCUGGCAAACCACAGUACUCCUGAAUGCUGUUUGGCUAGUGGGAGCUGUUUCUGAUGCAUUAUGUUUUAUUGUUGAAAUGUCAUCAUGUGUUAAACUCCGUCAUCAACUUGCUUUACGUUCUAACGCGUUGGGUGGAAAGACUGUGACAUGACAUUAUUCAAACGAGACACCAUGAGGAAGGUAAACAACCUCCACUGCCAAGGCUUGACAUCUCCAGGCAGUGUCGAGCUCUGCAUCCAGCACUCCUCGUAAGACUGAAGUUGUGUGUUGUUCAGUGCAACAUGCUGUUGCAAUUUGAAAGAUGAAAAUUCAACUAGGCAAAAUCUUCAUAUGAUGUAAUACCAGUGAAUAAUAUAUCCAUGAAAAAUGACAUCAGAUAAGAUUCCUUCAUGAGUGUUUGAAUAAGGUUUGACUCAAGCUUGAAGCCCUGAUUUUGCUAUUAUGUUAUAUACGUACAUGUAGAAGAGGUGGGUUGCUUGCUGCUCCAAGACACUGAUGCUUUCCAGAAGUGAGCAGCAAAAAGCACCGAGGUGGGCGGUGAAGAACUGGAAGGCAGGCAGUUACCAGGGGGACAAACAUUAAUUAAUUUUGGUCAUGGUAGAAGUGGUUCAAAGUGACACAUCACUUACAGAGUCAGUGGCUGUUCUUUGAGCACUUGUGCCUUGCCUCCCUGAGUCGUCUUCAAGCUAAGCCCACCACCUCUAAACACUUUUCAGUGGAAAACAGUAUAAAAAUGUCAUGUUGCAAAGUAGAGCAUUGUGGCCAUGCCAUGCCUGUGCCACACCACUGCCCAGGAACAGUGUGUGUGCAAGGCAUUGACCACUCUACAGUUCAGUGGCCUGAAUUUUGUGUGGCAAUCUUGGAACAGAGGCUAAAUAAUCCUAGAAUUUAAGGAUUAUUUCUAACUUAUCAACUGAUUUUGUGAUAAGUAGAUCAGUCUCACCCAGUUCUUUGAACUCCAUAAGAUGGAGUUCAAAGAAUUGUGUUGUGGGCAGCAGUGGCUGUCCCUCUACCCUCUAUAUGAGGUGCAAGUCACAUUCUUCCUUGGAGCAGAUGUGUCAGGCAUUGAUGGCCUGUCUUGAGUCUGUAUUUUCAGUGUUCUGCUGCCCUUGAAGUUAUUUAAUAACAUUGCUCGCUGCCUUGUGUGUUCGGUGACAUUAGUUAAAGGCAAAGAUUUCGUGCCCCCUCCUCCCCCAGACAGCAGGAAGGCACCCUUCUGAGACCACUGGUGUGUGGCUCUGUUGGCUUAUUCCUGGUGGCAGCAUUGGCUGCAUCGUGCCAGCCUUGCCUGUACUGCUGUCGUGGGUGCAGCGUGCCGGGCUUGUGGUGAGGCAGUGCCACGUUACGGCCCGGGAGGAUGUGGAGACUCUCCUCGGGUGUCUGAGCACUGAAGCUUGGCACCUGUUGCAGUGACAGGAAGGUCAGCUAGACCUACUAGCUCUAGUUAUGAUUGAACUAAUGGAUUUCUGAACCUUUACUAGAGAGCACAGAAACAGAACCGUCAAUUCAGCUCUGUGUUGGUGUAAAUGUAAACAGUUCCUUGCUUUGGCUUCCUCCCUUCCUUGUGUUGGGGAAGCAGAUCAGCUUCUGUAGUGGUACUGAAUACCCUACACCUUAGGCUCUGUGAUGUAGUCUGUUGAAGUUAUAAUGUGUAAAACUUAACCAGUGUUUUUCUCUUAGUUAGGGUCAGUGCUGCUGGGAUAGGAUGCUGUGCUCAGAUGGUUAGCUGAGGUCUUAACAUGAACCUCCCAUGAAGUCAUGCAGUUUGCAACUGUUGACAUCUUCACCUCAGUUUAUGAAGAUUUUUCACUUCUUAAAAAAUAUAAAAUAGUCACUCCAAACUUUUGUGACAAUUAAAUGAAUGUAAAGAAUUUUUAUCAACAGAAUGCAAAAAAAAAGUGGGGGAAAAAUAUAUGGCAACCCCUUAAGAUGCAAGAAUUAUGAUGUAGACAGUUUGUCAGAGCGACUCGUCUGUCCAUACUCUGAUGACUUCUCUCUCCUAUUAUUUUCAUCACUAAUGACCACAAAUGCACCCUGCAGGGGUGUGUUUGGCUAUAUGCUGUUAUAAAACGUUUAGGAAAGUAAAAUUCUAUAUUGUAUUUGUGUACACUUUAGGGUUAAUUUAUGACAAUGGCUACACUUGAAAACCCUUCUCACAAAACCCCAACUUUGGGCCGGGAGGGAGCUAUCAUGCUGAGGCGCUGACCACCAGCAUCAGUUUGUGGUGACUGUUGUGCAAGAGCUGAAUGGAAUCAGUGUGUGUCAUCUGCAACUUGCUCAUUGCAUUCUGAGUGUUAUUGAAAGGGCCAGAGUUUCAUUGAUCAGAAUUAUACGAAAGUAAAAAGUGAUUUAAAUACAAUUUAUACAGAAAAGUGCCAUUUGCAUUAUGAUCAUUUGAUUCUGAAUCAGUUUAGCAAGCCAAACUCAUUAAUCAAAAUUUCUUUAAAAUAAUAACCCUAAUUUAUAUUUAAAUGUUAUCUGCAACAAGCUAAUUUAAAUUUGAGUUUAUUGAGAGGGCCAAACCUUUUCCUUAAUUAGUUUAAACUACCUGAAAGUAAAAAAUCUGAAGCAUCAUAAUUCAUACAGAAAAUGUGCAGCAAGUUUAACUUCCCUCAACUUUAUAUUCUCUUAAGCCGAAAUGCAAAGUCUUCAUGGCAUUAGUAGGAUUUCACUUAGACUGAAGGACAGACAACCCUCUCUGGACCAUGGGGUCUGAGUGUCUGUGUGUCUGCGUAAAUCUAUGUGAAUCAGGCUUCUAAAGUAGUUUUGACUGAACAUCACGGCUACCAGUCAGCACUUAAGAGUUGAAGAACACAGAAAAUUCCUUCCCCAUAUUUUAUUGCUGCACUGCGGGUAACAAGAACCCUUCAAAGUCCUGAGCCAGGAGCUAACAAGAUAAGAGCAAAGCAGAGGAUAUUAACUAUAUAAGACACUCCCUAGAAAUACAUAACUACGCUUGCUGUGCUGACUCUAGCAGGCACUGUGCAGAUUCAGGACUCCGGAGAGGUGUGGCCUAACCUCUGUCAACUCAAAAUGGAAUGAGCUUGGUAUGAGAAAGGAAUUGCUUGUGUGCACUUCAUGAUAUGUAUGGUUGCAUAGAUAUAUCAUUCCAGUUCUAGCACUUCUUAAUUUACACUUAAUAUUUGAAUUGCUUAUUUUAGCUUAACUGUAAGAUGCAUGUUACCUUUGCAUUACAGCAAUAGAUUAAUAAAAAAGCUUUUAUUGUC